AUGCUUCGGUCUACCUUACUUCUCAUCGCUGCCACCGGCGUCUCCGCACUUGAGCUCGGCUGCUUCUCUGGCAACAGCGAAACUCUCUCUCACUACAUCAACAAUGGAACUUUCACUUUCCAAUCAGUCGGAUACUGCCGACAUGCAUGCAACAACAUUGGACACAACUACCUUGCGCUGAAAAAUGGCACUGAUUGCUGGUGUGGUGAUGCUGUUCCACCAGUUACCGACAUAGUCAAUGCGGAUAAUUGCGAUAUGAAGUGUGCUGGUUUUGCGGUGGAUGAUUGCGGCGGUGCUCAUGACUUCAGCGUCUAUCUUACCGGUCCGGAAUCCGGUAUUCAAAGUAUCCUUAGUUCAUAUACGGCCGCAGAAGCUUCGGCCACAGUCGCUUCAUCAGAGAGCGCAACUGCUGCAUCCUCAGAAUCAACCUCGACCUCAGUCUCUGAUAGCAAGGCCCCUACUGCGGCUGCGGCUGCGGCUGCCGUAACUACUGGGGCUUCAUCGGCGUCAUUUGCUGUGACUGUGCCCUCUACGAGUACGAGUGGACACAUGACAGGAUCCGGAACAUCUGCGAGCACCAGCGUCCCUACCGGGGCUGCGGCGGCAGUCAGUGUGCAUGUUGGUUUGGGAGCGAUUUCUGGUCUGACGGCCCUUGCCCUUGGGCUGUGA